UACUACUUGCUUGUUAACUACCUUACCUACUUAAUCUACAUCUUAACUACCUCGCCUAUCCCUAAUAUAUUGGAACUAAGCGACAUGCCCUCUGCUCCCAGAACGAACGUCUGGAUAGAGUCGCCGCUGCACUAUCGAACACCUUAAACGGUACCCCCCUAACAUUCCCCCAGCGACCACCACCAUAGCAACAAGAAUACCUGCACUCUGUCCUCGCUUCCUACAGCCCCACAGUCAAAAUGAAUCGCGAACAGAGAAAGCGAGACUCUAAUGUAAAGGAGCCUGGGACCUGCGACCCCGGCUUCGUGUUCUACAGCUGUCGGGCCGGAUUCGUUGGAUGUUGCGCCGUGGAGGCGUGUAACCCGGGGGGGUGUCCCGAUGACGCUCUGCCAUCGAAUACCGAAGGAGGAGAGGAUAUCACGAGUACUACAUCGCCACCGGGUGGUGAGACUAAGACGCAGACACAGACGGUUACUCUGGAUAUCACAUCUACUUCGACCAUUACCUCUGGCAGCAGUCCAGAGCCAUCUACAACAUCAUCAGAUUCUGCCACAGGAACAAUCACACCACCGCCCUUACCGCCAUUACUGCCUCCAUCCUCACCCCCUACAUCCUCAUCAUCCCCAUCUCUCAACGUACAAACACCCCCAACCUCAGCUCUCCCACAAGCAAACACAACUUCACCAACGCCCCCCCUUUCUACAGCCGCCAUAGCCGGUAUAUGCGUAAGCAGCACCAUAUUCGCCCUGACCGCGCUCCUCAUCGCCGGUUUACUCAUCCGUCGCCGCCGCAUCGCGAAACGCGUGGCUGCGGAGACGCUGCCGAAUUCCCCGUAUGCGGACGAGCCGGAGCGCUUCAUGAUGGAUCAUCCGGCGUGGAGGGGGCAGGGGCAGGGGCAGGGGCAGGGGGUGUUUAGGGGGGUUAGUGAGUUGCCGUAG